AUCGACUACGACAAGCUGAUGGAGAAGCAGCUCCAGGCGAUAGGAGGCCUCGAUGCCGAGAGGAGCCAGCAGCGCGCUUCCAAGGGGAAUAUCGGCUUGGCUGUCACCCUGGAGGACCUCAACACCAAGGGCGGCAAGGUCUCUGGCCAAGGGGGCGGCCCGCUGCUAUGCGUGGUCAACACGCACAUCCUGGCCGACCCUGGCUUCACCGACGUGAAGCUGGCGCAGUGCCACCACCUGCUGCGUGCCCUGAGCUCGAACAACGGCCUCAAG